UCUAAGAGAGUUGCUGGGGCCUCGGAGGCCCCUCCCCUGGGCUGCAAGGAUCCGCCUCUAUUCCCCAGAUAAAUUCCUAGUGUCCACCAAAUUCCUCAGCGCUCUCUCACACUCCUCUACGGCCACGACUCCGGGGGUGGGGAAACAGCGUCGGCUUCCUGCCCGCAUAAGCCCUCGCGGCUCCUUCUCAAGACUGCGAAGGGGAAAGGGGUGUGAGACCCAACCAGACCCGCAACUCCCGGCUCCCAAGCCGAGGUGGCUGCCCCACACUCCACGUUCGGGGGGUCCAUUGGUUUCGGGGUCUCUCUCCUCUCUUCCCUUUCUCCUCUCUCCCUUCCCUGUCUCUCUCAUCCUCUCCCCCAAACAUGUCCACCGGCUCCCUCAGCGAUGUGGACGACCUUCAAGAGGUGGAGAUGCUGGACUGCGACGGGCUGAAAAUGGACUCGAACAAGGAGUUUGUGACUUCCAACGAGAGCACCGAGGAGAGCUCCAACUGCGAGACCGGCUCUCCCCAGAAGGGCCGCGGCGGCCUGGGCAAGAGGAGGAAGGCUCCCACCAAGAAGAGCCCCUUGAGCGGGGUCAGCCAGGAAGGGAAGCAGGUCCAGCGCAAUGCGGCCAACGCGCGCGAGCGGGCCCGGAUGCGGGUGCUGAGCAAGGCCUUCUCCAGGCUCAAGACCACGCUGCCCUGGGUGCCCCCGGACACCAAGCUCUCCAAGCUGGACACGCUUAGGCUGGCGUCCAGCUACAUCGCCCACUUGAGGCAGAUCCUGGCCAACGACAAGUACGAGAAUGGUUAUAUUCACCCGGUCAACCUGACGUGGCCCUUUAUGGUGGCCGGGAAACCCGAGAGUGACCUGAAAGAAGUGGUGACCGCAAGCCGCUUAUGUGGAACCACGGCGUCCUGACCUUGGAGGUGCGAGUCUGGGAAAGGCGCGCUCCCGGGGCGGGGGGGUGGGGGGGAGCGGGCCCCGGGAAGGCGACCCUUGCCCUCCCUGCUCUCUGUCUCUUCUUCCCCCUUGCAACUCUCCUCUCCCUUUCCCAC